AUGGCGGCGCGUGGAGGUUUUCAGCAAGCGGCGUCUGGAGGCGGAGGAGGCGGUGGAGGUGGCGGGAUGGGACCAGGACCUCCGGUACCGGGCGGAGGAGGAGGAGGACCGGGCAUGGCUCCUGGAACGCCUGCUGGAAGGAUGGGACCCGCGGGGCCGCAGAAUCCGAUGUAUCGUUCUCCGAUGCCUGGGCCUGGAUACCCGAGACCUGGGAUGCCCCCAGCAAACCGGAUGACUCCCCAAGGCCCACCCAUGGGUCCUCCAGGCUACGGCGCUAGUCCAGUACCUCGCCCUGUAAUGCCAGUCAUGGACCCGUCUCGCAAGAGGCCUGCGCCCCCUCAAAUACCACAGCAGGUCCAACAACAACAGAAUCGCAACCAACAUACCAAGAAGAAGAAGAUGGCUGAUAAAAUUCUACCUCAGAGAAUCAGAGAGCUGGUACCAGAGUCUCAGGCCUACAUGGAUCUGCUGGCUUUUGAGAGGAAGCUGGAUCAAACCAUAAUGCGCAAGAGACUCGACAUCCAGGAGGCACUAAAGAGACCCAUCAAGCAAAAACGAAAGCUGCGGAUUUUUAUCUCCAACACUUUCAACCCUGCCAAGCCUGAUGCCGAGGACGGUGAGGGAACUGUAGCAUCAUGGGAGCUGCGAGUGGAAGGCCGACUGCUUGAGGACACUGCUGUAUCUAAAUACGAAGCCACCAAGCAGAAGCGGAAAUUUUCCUCUUUCUUCAAGUCUCUGGUGAUUGAAUUGGACAAAGACCUUUAUGGGCCUGACAAUCAUUUGGUAGAGUGGCACAGAACACCCACUACUCAGGAGACUGAUGGCUUUCAGGUGAAAAGACCCGGAGACGUUGGAGUGCGCUGUACUGUCCUCCUCAUGCUUGACUACCAGCCUCCUCAGUUUAAGCUGGACCCCAGACUGGCACGCAUGCUGGGCAUCCAUACCCAAACCAGACCCGUCAUCAUCCAGGCUCUGUGGCAGUAUGUGAAGACACACAAACUGCAGGACCCUCAUGAGCGCGAGUUUAUUAACUGUGACAAAUACCUCCAGCAGAUCUUUGAGACCCAGAGGAUGAAGUUCUCUGAGAUUCCUCAGCGGCUGCACGCUCUGCUAAUGCCUCCUGAACCGAUCAUCAUUAACCAUGUCAUAAGCGUGGACCCGAAUGACCAGAAAAAGACAGCCUGCUACGAUAUUGACGUUGAGGUGGAUGAUACUCUUAAGACCCAGAUGAAUUCUUUUCUGCUGUCCACUGCCAGUCAGCAGGAGAUUGCAGGCUUGGAUAACAAGAUUCAUGAGACCAUCGAGACCAUCAAUCAGCUGAAGACUCAGCGGGAGUUCAUGCUGAGUUUUGCCCGUGAUCCCCAGGGCUUUAUCAACGACUGGCUGCAAUCCCAGUGCAGGGACCUCAAGACCAUGACCGACGUUGUAGGAAAUCCAGAAGAAGAGAGAAGAGCCGAGUUCUAUUACCAGCCUUGGGCUCAGGAGGCCGUGUGUCGCUACUUCUACUCUAAGGUCCAGCAAAGGAGGCAGGAGUUGGAGCAAGCACUGGGCAUCAGGAACACAUAAGCUGGAACAGAAAGAACAGAAGAAGCCGUCUGUUGUAUUCGGUUCCUCAUCAACGACACUAAACUACAGUUUAUUCAACCGCAUUUCGGCUGCGGCUGGUAGGAGACAACGUCCGGUGUUAAUCCUCCUAAGCCAGAAAGAUUUCACCUGAAAAACCAAACUGUCUUGUCGUCUUCUCUGUUCUGUGUCCUUUUGUCCAGGGGAAAGUAGAUCCCCUCUGUCUUUUUAACUUGAUCCAACUAGACUCCAAUGUUGUUACUGCAGCGGCUGUGGUAUGAAAAAUCUUCCAGCCGGGUUGUUGCUAGGCUACUAAUAGAAGUAAAUAUGCUUCACUGGUAUUUAGUUGCUCUGAUAGGAUGCAUGUAAAACCCGAAUGCCCGAGUGUGUUUAGGUAGUGAAGGAGACUCAAGGCCUUGAUUUUCCUUAUCGUUGAGACCAUGAUGCUUUACAUAAAACACACAAAGGUUACUUAUUAAAUUGUUACUAAUUUGA